AUGAUGAGGCCAUCGCCGCUCCUCGCCUUCGUAGCCGUGCUUGCUGCCUCGGCCGUACGAGCACAGCAGGAGUCGCUGAAAGUCGGCAAGUUCUUCAACCCGCCAAAUGCUAUCGACGGGCCGGCCGACUAUUCGACAAACCCGGUCUGGACGCUCGGCGAGGUUCAGACUAUCAAGUUCACUACCACGUAUUCUAAUUACACCAUCGAUCUAUGGCAGGAGAGCCCAGCUGGUAACUCAGCAUCAGCUGGACCAAGCAUAUUCCAGACCCGGUCCGGCGCCGUAACUCAGUUCGACUGGUCUGUCCAGGCGUUCGAGUUCGACUUAUCCGAAUUCAAUGUGUUUUUCCUCUGGCUGUCGCCGUUGACGACGGACGACCCGAACCCGCUCUCCGUCACAUCGCGCUACUUCAACAUCACGAGAGCCCCUGCUAGUAGCACCAUCUCUUCCACUUCUUCCACCGCCUCAUCUUCAUCGACUGGUGCCCCCAGCUCAUCUAACACCAGCCCGCCAGCCAGCAGCGCCACCCACAGCACCACUCCAGUACCCGUCGCGUCGCAGACACCAGCCGCCAGCACCGGCUUAAGUGCCGGCGCCUCGGCUGGGAUCGGCGUCGGCGCUGCGCUUCUAGUAAUCGCCCUCGUCGCAGGUGGUUGCUUCCUGUGGAAGAGGCGGCGGAACCACGACAGCUACCAAGCACAAGCGGCCGCCGGUACCAUGGGCCCCGGCCCCGGCCCGAACGGUAUCAUACCCGAGAUGCCGGAUUCGACGCAAUUCGUCUCCGCGCAGAAACCGCCGCUAUACCCCGUCGAGCUGGACAGCGGCGGCGGGUACCCUCCCCAUUACUACCACCAGCCGGUGCGGUUUGAACUCGACGGGUUCCGGCGCUCCGAACUCGAUGGAAGCCAUUAA